AUGAAUCUCCAGAAUUCUGGUGUCAAGAAUUUGACGAAAGGAGAUUCAAUCGUCUACUGGAUGAGAAUGGAGGACCUCAGGACUCGCGACAACAGAGCCUUAGCGCAAGCAUCCGAGCAAGCUCGGGAAGAUCAUGUCCCUCUCAUCGCCUUUUUCGUCCUAAGCCCGCACGACUACAUUGCACACGACAGGAGUGCUCGUAGAAUCGACUUCACUCUGCGAAAUCUGCGGUGCAUCAGGUCCUCGCUCGCCGAGCUGCACGUUCCGCUCUACACGACUACGCAUACACCACGCACCAACAUCCCAUCUUAUGUCUUGUCUCUACUGAAUGAGUGGAAUGCGACAAGACUCUACGCCAACAUUGAAUACGAAGUUGAUGAGCUUCGACGAGACAUCAAGGUGUGCGAGCUGGCUAGAGAAAAGAAGGUGGCUUGUACAUUCGUACACGACAAAUGCAUUAUUCCGCCCGGAAAGGUUUUGACGAAAGGAGAGAAGGGAUAUACAGUCUAUUCUCCUUUCUUGCGUGCAUGGACUCCUCACCUGACGCCGUCCAAAGGCGAGGCUGACCCAUUGGCAUAUGCUCCUUCUCCAGCUGCCAAUUCGCCCUCGAUCCAUAACCAUCCGGUGUACGGGAAGCUGUUCGACCAGUCUGUUCCAGAUGAAGUCGAUGGCUUCUCGCUCCAAGAUACCGAAGAGAGAGACAGGAUUAGGACAUGCUGGCCUGCGGGUGAAGAUGCCGCUAAAGAGAUCUUGGAACGCUUUGUGAAUACCAUGGCACGGUCAGAGCAGAUGGGCGCCGUCAAUCCGCUUUCGAACGGCGCCAAAGUGCCUACCAAAAGUCCUACUAAAGAUAGCCGUAUCGGAAAGUACAAAGAUGCGCGAGACAAAGUAGAUGCGGACACAACUAGCCGAUUGAGCCCCUAUCUUGCCGCAGGUGUAAUUUCUGCGAGAGAAUGUAUCAGGGCCACCAUGCAAUUAUCUGCGUCGAAAGCGCCAAAGGUCGACGUCAGCCGCGAAACGGGAUCAGGUCGCUGGGUGCAAGAGAUAGCCUGGCGUGACUUCUACACACAUGUCGUUGCGCUCUUCCCUCGUGUAUCUAUGGGACGCCCGUUCCAAGAGAAGCUGUCUAGUAUCAAAUGGGAAGCUGACACUGCCGGUGACCACCUUCAGGCUUGGAAGGACGGGCGCACGGGCGUUCCUAUUGUUGACGCAGGGAUGCGCCAGGCCCUCGCGAUGGGCUGGAUGCACAAUCGCGUGCGGAUGGUUGCGGCGAUGUACCUCGUGAAGGAUCUCAUGAUCGACUGGAGACUCGGAGAAAAACACUUCAUGGAGACGCUCAUCGACGGUGACCUCGCUUCAAACAACGGCGGAUGGCAAUGGAGCGCAAGCACCGGCGUGGACCCGGCACCAUACUUCCGGAUAUUCAACCCAUACACGCAAAGCCAGAAGGCAGAUCCGACAGGAGAUUACAUACGGUACUUUGUCCCAGAGCUGGCGAACGUCCGCGGUGCCGAUAUCCAUAAUCCGCCGCCCGCACUUGCGGACAAGCUGGGCUAUCCGAGGCCGCUCGUCAAGCACGACGAAGCCAGGCAACGUGCGAUUCGGCGUUAUAAGAAUCCCGGACAGGAGUAGGUCCUGCUAAGUGUGGCUUCAUCACGAUGUGUGC